GGGAAACUGUUAGUGACGUCAUUACAGUAAACGUAAACAUUGCAGUGAUAAAAACAUUUAGAUUUUUGAAAAUGAUUAUUUUUCUUAGAUAAAUGGCCUCAAAAAAUAUUCUUGCAUCGCCUCAUGCCAAGAUUAUUAGCAGGUAUUGCCGUUAUUUCUUGGCUUUGGACUUGAUUUUGAUAUGCAUUUUUGUAUACGUUUGGUACUCUUUGUGCAACGGCAGUUUCUGUAUAAAUACAGUAAGUUCAAAAUCGAAGACAAACAUUUUAGCUUUUGGUGACUCAAUCACAAGAGGUCAUGUUAAGCACUAUCCAAGAACGUAUUAUCCUUAUUCAGAAAGUUUGAGGAAAACUCUAAAUCGUCUUCAUGCGAAAGAUGUUACUUUUAUAGUGGAUAAUUAUGGAGUUAAUGGCGACAAAGCUUUAGGUACUGCUGAAACAAGGCUCGCAAGCGCUUUGAAAUCAAAACAAUACGAAUGGAUAAUAAUUUUAAUAGGAACAAACGACCUGGGGUCUUACUUCAAAUAUCAUGAUGAUCAAGAGAAAUAUAAGAACAGUACAGUGUUUAUAGAAGCAUUGUUUGCAAAGAUCAAAAAACUUUGCUCAAUGGCACUUGGCACUAAUGCCUUGGUUAUUCUUGGUACUAUAUUUGCUCACACAUGUGAAGAACGAUCAUCUUAUUGUGAAUCACUGUCCAUCAACCGCCAGUCUCUUAAUAAGAAGUUACGAGACUAUGUCUUUGACACAAGAGAAUUGUUGAUACUUGCUGAUUUUGACAAUGAUUUAUGUUAUAGAAAGCUUAGUGAAGAGAAACGUAAACUGUAUUGGCAAGAUGAUGUCCAUUUGACAGAAGCAGGAUAUGAACGCAUGGCAAAAUUAAUUUAUCAAAAAAUGCUUCCUUACCUUCCCGAGAUGGUCCAACAACAGUCUCAGAUUAAAUCACAAAAAUGAUUGAACAUUACUAUGAUUUUAAUUUCACAAUAAAAGAACUGUUUAAAUAGUUGUAAAAAGAAGUGCAUGUUUACCUAUUGCUCUUUGGAACAGUCUUAUCUGGUGAUAGUUUUUGCCAGUUGCUAAUGAAAUAGAAAGAAAUUAGUUCAUGAUCAUCAUUGGGUUUGGAAAUGAGAAAGGACUGGAUCUAUAGUUGAAAAUUAUGAGCACUCCUACCAGUCCUGGGAACAAGACAUGAAAUGUAAAACCCACAAUUACCUUAAUCUAGAAUUAACCAUUUUAAAAGUUCAGUCUGGGAUAGGCAGAUAUUAAAUAUAUCUUGUCAAUGAAAAUAAAUUUCUGACAGUUUGAACUUAUGAAAAA